AUGGACAAUAGUCUUGCAGCACUUACGAAUUGCGAAAAAUUAAGUCUAUCCACAAACAUGAUAGAAAAAGUAACUGGAAUUAACAGUUUGAAAAAGCUUCGCAUUCUAUCCUUGGGUAGAAACUAUAUAAAGUCAUUCGCUGGUAUGGAAUCUUUAGGUGACACAUUGGAAGAAUUGUGGAUCUCGUAUAAUUUAGUGGAAAAGUUAAAGGGGAUACACGUAUUGAGAAAUUUGAAAGUUUUGUAUAUGAGCAACAAUUUAGUAAAAGAAUGGAGUGAAUUUAACAAACUUCAGGAACUACCACACUUGGAAGAUUUAUUAUUCGUGGGUAAUCCUCUAUAUGACGCGUGUGAGCUGGAGGCUUGGAGGUCGGAAGCGGGCAGACGUCUGCCUGGCCUGAAGAAAUUGGAUGGUGAAACGGUAUUGAGGGAGGACGAACCACCGUUAACGGUCGCCGAUAUGCAGCCUGACGGAGGUGAUGCAGUCGAAACUUUGGUUAGCGCGGAGACCAACGAUUGA